AGGUCGGAAUUGGGCUGCGUUCCCCUAUUAAUAAUAUUCCUCCAAAGAAAGAUUCCGACCGGCUUGAAAAAGAUCUCGCGCACGUUUUUUAUCGCAUUUCCACGUAAUUUCCACGCGAUUAAUCCACGCCAGAGUGUCCAAGUGACUGAUUGUGUGUUUUACAAGAAUAAUUGUUUCCCAAUUGACGGAGAAAUUGUGACAAAUGAGGGCGAUUUUGGGGAGUCUCUUUCUGUGGCUCUUUGUCCACCAGAGUGUCGCCUUGUACCCCUCGUCGAGUGACGUGGUGGACUUGACACCAGCAAACUUCGAUCGGCUCGUUCUGCAGGGAGACGCCGUGUGGGUGGUUGAAUUCUACGCCCCAUGGUGUGGGCACUGCAAAUCCCUCGUCCCUGAGUACCAGAAGGCCGCCACGGCGCUCAAAGGAGCCGUCAAGGUGGGCGCUGUGAAUGCUGAUGAGCACAAAAGCCUCGCGGGGGAAUACGGAGUGCGUGGCUUUCCAACACUGAAGAUCUUUGGGGCGAAUAAAAAGUCUCCCAUUGACUAUAGUGGCCAACGUACAGCUGAUGCAAUUGCGGAGGCGGCUCUUGCGGAGGUGAAGAAGAAGGUAAAGGCAGCCCUGGGUGGGAAAGGUGGCAGCAACGGUGGCGGAAGUGACUCGAAUGGAGGCAAAGCCGAUGAUGUCAUCGAACUGACGGAUUCCAAUUUCGAUAAACUCGUCCUGAACAGCGAUGAUGUGUGGCUGGUGGAGUUCUUUGCCCCCUGGUGUGGUCACUGCAAGAACCUCGCACCGCACUGGGCCAAGGCAGCCAGUGAACUCAAAGGAAAAGUCAAAUUGGGCGCCUUGGAUGCCACAGUUCACCAGCAAAAGGCACAGGAGUACGGAGUUCAGGGAUAUCCGACAAUUAAAUUCUUCCCAGGAGGAAAGAAGGAUCGUGAUUCGGCGAGGGAUUACGACGGAGGCCGCACAUCAUCGGAUAUUGUUUCCUGGGCACUUGACAAGUAUGCUGAGAAUGUUCCAGCUCCGGAAGUUUAUGAAUUGCUCUCCCAGGACGUCCUAACGACGGCAUGCGAAGGAAAGGCUCUGUGUAUCAUCUCGGUGCUGCCACACAUCCUGGAUUGCAAUGCUAAAUGCCGGAAUGCCUUCAUUGGCAUCCUCCGGGACAUGGCGGAGAAGUACAAGGCUAAACAAUGGGGCUACGUGUGGACGGAAGCACUGGCACAGAGUAAAUUGGAAGAGAAUCUGGGAAUGGGUGGAUUCGGCUAUCCCGCCAUGGCUGUGGUGAAUCUGAAGAAGAAGAAAUUCUCCAUUCUCCGCGGAUCCUUCUCCAAGGAAGGUAUCAACGAAUUCCUCCGGGAUAUUUCCUACGGACGCGGUCAAACAGCCCCUAUUCCCGGCGAUGGAGACAUCAAAGUGGCCACAGUGGAAGCGUGGGAUGGUCAAGAUGGGCAAUUGCCCGAAGAGGAAGACAUCGAUCUGUCAGACGUGGUGCUAGAUGAUGUCAAGGAGGAGCUCUAAAUCACACAUUCUAGUUUAUAUUCCAAUUGUGAGACUGUCUCGGGGUGUUUUUUCUCUUUUCUAUUAAUUAUUGUGUUUAAAUGAGAAUUUUUUUUUGUGAAAAGCCAGUGUUUUUGUAAAUCUUCCAGAAGAAAACAAAAAGAGAGAAAAUAAAUCAAGUCGUAUAAAAUUUA